GAGCGCCUUCUGUAAGGGGUUACACAAUACGCCCGUGACAAAAAUAAAUGUCAUCGCACCCUAACAACCCCUCAAUUUUGUCGCUGUGGCAGCUUCGACAGAGCGGCCAUUGUACGGCAAGAGCAUUUUCAAAUGAAAUCAUUCGGAAGCGUUCUAUGAAGGCGCUGAUUUCAACACCCAGUAUACGGGCCCCUGAUAAAUGCGUCACCUCGUUAGAUGUGCACAAAUUAGACUGUCGCUAUUUGCUAUCAGGAAGUAUGGAGGGGAUCGUGUCGGUAUAUGACUUGUCGCGGUGGGGAGCAUCGCCUCUGGGGAAGACUGGUUCUGAACAACAAGAGCUUGUGCAUCAGCCAAUCGCGCGCUCGUUCAUCGCAACUGCAACCGGUCAACAAAGUUGUGAAGUACCUAGGGGUCACUCCCUUGCUAUUCUUAGUGCGCUCUGGUAUCCGUUAGACAGUGGAAUGUUUCUCUCGGCCUCUACCGACGGCCACGUUUUGCUGUGGGACACCAACGAAAUGACUCCAGUCACAAGACUUGCCCCUUUUGAAUUCGAAAACACUUCAAUGGGAGAAGAAGUCUUCGCUCGGCCAAGCUGUAUGGAGAUAUCUUUGUGGUCAGGUAAUUUGGCGGCUUUAGGUUCGCGGCGGGUCAAUGCCGUCAAACUCGUGGACAUUCGGACUGGUACGUCAUCACAUUCCUUGACGGGACAUCGAGCAGGGAUAUCUACCGUCCAAUGGUGUCCAACGGCCGAGCACGUUUUAGCCAGUGGGGGUCAAGACGGAUGUAUACGCAUAUGGGAUAUUCGUAAAGCAGGAAGUACCGGGUGUCUUACUACUCUAGACCGGGACGCAUGCCAAGAGCCUUCUGUUUCGAAUCGCUUUAAGGCUGACUACUCUCAUUUAAAAAUCACAAAACAAAAAUUGGCUCCAAAUGAUUACCAUCUCGCGGAGAGCAAGUCUAUAUGGUCGGUCGAAGGAUCAGUAACAGGGCUAGCUUUCACGCCGGAUGGUCAUUCCAUCGUUAGCACCAGUUCUGAUGGACAGAUGCAACUUUGGGAUUUGCGAGGACCCGCCUCCAUGGCGCCCCAACGUUUCACAAAUUCUGUUGGAGGACGACCCCUUGCCAAGUCGAAAUCGACGACUCACCGAAGACCAUUGUUAAUCACAAAGAACGGAAACUCAUCAACAGUAUGGGUUCCGAAUGGCAGGGUUCUACUUGGAUUUUCGCUGGAAGACGAUGGAUCCCCUACUCAGAUUCUCAGCGGUCACCUACAGGGAAUUCAAGCAAUCGCCGAGGUUCCGGAUACAGGCGAAAUAAUCACUUCCUCUACGGAUCGCUUGAUUUUGACUUGGGGCUAUCCACAACCACUGCAUACAUUUGCAAGCAGCAGGAAACGCCGACUCGAAGAUGAUAGAGACUCGUGGUAAACAUAAAUACAAUGAGGUUACUUGU